AUGGAUGACGUUGAUUCAGUUUUGGUAGAUAAUGUUAAAUCAUUUGCCGCAGGAGGUUUUGGCGGUAUAUGUGCAGUAUUAACUGGACACCCAUUUGAUUUAGUAAAAGUUAGAUUACAAACAGGAUUAUAUAAUUCAUCAAUUCAAUGUGUUAAAGAUACCAUUGCUAAGGACGGUUUGAAAGGACUUUAUAGAGGUGUUUUACCACCGUUAUUAGGGGUUACACCAAUGUUUGCAGUUUCAUUUUGGGGUUAUGAUGUAGGUAAAAAAUUAGUUGGAAAUUUUACUGGUAAAACUAUUGACAAUUUUACAAUUGCAGAUAUUUCAACUGCAGGAUUUAUAAGUGCGAUCCCAACUACUUUAGUUGCAGCUCCAUUUGAAAGAGUUAAAGUUAUGAUGCAAAUUCAAGAAGGUGCAAAAACAAAAAGUAUGGGAGCUGUUAUUGCUGAAAUGUAUAAAACUGGUGGUAUUAGAUCAAUUUUUAAAGGAUCUGCUGCUACUUUAGCAAGAGAUGGACCAGGAUCUGCAUUAUAUUUUGCAACUUAUGAAUAUAUAAAAGCUAAAUUAUCUAGUCCAGGUAAAGACUUAUCAAUUGGUGCAAUCAUGACUGCAGGUGGUUGUGCUGGUGUUGCAAUGUGGUUAGGUGUUUUCCCUAUAGAUACAAUUAAAUCAAGUCAACAAUCCUCAAAUGUACCAAUUUCAAUUUCACAAACAGCCAAAAAUAUUUAUGCUAAAGGUGGUAUAAAAGCAUUUUUCCCAGGUGUUGGACCAGCUUUAUGUAGAUCGUUCCCUGCUAAUGCCGCCACAUUUUUAGGUGUUGAAGUUGCUAGAAAAUUUUUAGAUAAAAUUAUAUAA